AUGGAUGUAACGGCAUCAGCACCGCAAUACCCCAAGGACAAGGACGAUGACUCGGCAGACUUUGGCGACUUUGUGAGCAAUGAAGACGAGGAACUCGAUCUCGAAGAGGUCGUUGAGCCCUGGCAUAAGUACGACAUGAAGGAAAAUUCACAUGUCUUCUAUCCUAUUUGUGUCGGAGAAGUGCUCAAUGAGAGAUACCUGGUAGAGCAUAAGAUCGGGUCUGGGGGCUUCUCCACUGUCUGGAUGGCCCAUGACCUCCACGACCAGAGGGAUGUAGCCCUCAAGGUUAUGUCCUCGGGCGAAUGGGGAGAAACCGAAAUCCGCAUGCAUGACAAAAUCGUCCAGAAAGUACAGGAUACUUCUCACCUUGUGAUGUAUUUGGCGACCUUUCUACUGCCUGGAAACAAUUGUUAUCAUAGGGUUCUAGUGUUUCCCUUGAUGGGCCCUUGCCUUUACCCUGUUAUCCUGAGAAAUAUGUCCAUGGCCACUCGCAUGUCCGCUGCUCGGCAACUGCUAGAGGCUUUGGAAAAUUUACAUCAAGCGGGUAUCGUACACCGCGAUUUAAAUGAGAGAAACUGUAUGUGGGGGAUGGUUCCUCUCCACAAUCUCAACAGAAGUGCCAAAUACGAGGCCCUCGGCCGGCCGCUAAAGCGAAUCAUACCAUAUGUCGAGCUCUGGAAGCAGGGAGAGCUUGUUCGUCCCAUUAAGGUCCCUGACAAUCUCCGCACAGAGGAAUUCUAUCUCGGGGACUUUGGUCUGGCAAUGCAACUUGGCGACCCUGAGACUCCGCGCGGCUAUCCGCCUAUGCAAUUUUGCUCACCGGAUCGACUUCAUAGGAAAGGUCCCAGUUUUGCCUGCGACAUGUGGAGUUACAUGGUCAUCUUCGCAGAGCUGUAUCUUGGCUAUACGCCAUUUCCUACCUGGCUUAAAGGUGGAAUAAUAUCCGGUAUUGUCAGAUCUUUAGGUCCACUCCCUGAAAGUUGGAGGGGCCAUUACACUCACCCCGGAGGCCUUGAAUCCUGGUAUGAUCAGUGUAAAAAGCCCGAUCCAAAUCAUGAUCUUGCAUCAACAAUUGCAUACUAUCGUCCAGACGCUGAUCAAAUUGAGCGAGAACUCGUGCACGCCGUUAUGAAUAGAGUAUUUACUUACUGCCCAGAGAAACGUCUGACCGCAACACAGCUUCUGCAGGACCCUUCAUUCAGAGCUAUCAUGGGCAAAUAUGGUUGCUGA